CAAAGCAUAAAUGUCUCUAGACCCAUUACCUAAUGAGCCUAAUCUUAAUACAGCUAAUGAUAUAGACUAAUAUAUUAAAACACUUUUAUAAUUUCAAGAUUCUUGUGAAAAAUCUGCAGAAUAUAUGCAGGCUGAUGCUGCUCAAAAAAGAAUAGUAGAGUUAAAAAAACAAUUAAUUUCAAGAAGAAGAAAAGAAAUGCAACAAGCACAUUAUUAAUAAGAAUAAGAAAUUGAAAGAGCUCAUCUUGAAGAAUUCAAUUAAUUCAAUUAAUUCUGGGAUGAGAAGAUGUAAAAAUUUAAUGAUGAAGCUUCAGCUGUAGAAUCAGAUUUAUUAAAUAGAUAAUAAAAUGAAUUCAAUAAAGUCUCUGAAGAAUUAGAAAGAACUAUUCCUCUUAAACCAAAAGAAUCUUCUGAUGUUCUCAAUCUCAAAAAAAGAGAAGAAUAUUUGGCUAAACAAAAAAAGUAUCCAUUUUUAUAAUUUUUUGUUAUGUUGAAGCUUAGAAAAUCAAAGAUUAAAGAGUCUAAAUUGAAGAUCUUGAUUGUUAGAAAUACCUAAUUGAAAGAAGCAACAAAAUUAAUACCUAAUUGAA